AUGCUGAAAGAGUAUGCUCAUAGACCUUGUAAUGUGAAUGCAUCAAAGGAUCAUAAGAAGCCAAACCUAUCAUCUGUAUUCAAGAAGAUAUUCUCAAAGAGCAAGAGUUCCAAACAUAUGUUUGUAAAGUAUGGAGAGCAGAUGGUACAGAGUGGCACAGUUACAGUUGACAACCUGAGGACAUGGGUCAAGCUCAUUCAAAGUGAGGACAAUGGAAAGAAUGUCUACAAGAAGAAGCAUUAUGAUAUAUUCAACAAGGUAAAGGUCGACGAAAAGACCUUUGAAUACAUACUCUCACUUCAAUCUAUUGAGACAAGACAGUCACCUGCAAAAACUGUUGGAGAGGUCGAUCAUAAGAAGUCUGGAUCACAUCCUUAUGUGACACCAACACCAACGACAUCGACAGGCACAUCGGCCACAUCGACAGCCAACACAUCGGCCUCAAACCUUCAAUCUCUAUCGAUGCCAAACUUGGGUAGUCUGUCAACAUCCAAGACAAAGCAGACGACGACGACGGCGACAUGCGCGCCCAUCAUGAGGAAUGAUCAAGGACAGUUCAUAAUGCUGUCCAUACUCUAUCGCCUCAUGUUCACUGUGGAUAACAUUAUCCAUUUCGCAGAUCUUGACACCCUGAACAACCUAUCGAACCUGUACAUCUUCUACCUCAAGCUGAUCAUGGCCGAGCCUGCAUCAGCCAACCAGACCAAUCAAACAAACGACAACUCAACCGAACAAGGAGCAUCCGUGACACUAAACAUGCUGUCACUUCAGGUGCUCGCCAUACUCCUCAAGCUCUUUGAAAACGAGACCUUGGUACCGCUCUACUUCAACUCCAAGAUGAUUGAAGCAUUGGUAACACUGUGUAUAGAGAAGGACAACCUUAGAGAUAGACUGAAGGAUGAGGAGAUUGGUAUCAGCGAUGAUAUCGUCACUCUCUUGGCAACAUAUUUUAAGCGAGAGCCUUGUAGAAGUAUAAUCGAGAGACAUCCAGAAUGGCUGGAACUGAUAUUGAAGGCAUCAUCGAGGAAUAUAAAGGUGCAUCGCGAGGUGAAUCCAGAGAAUGUGAUCUUUGGAGAUAUGCUCUAUGAAUCACCACUGUGCACAGUGUAUCAAGGUCGCUUCGAAGGCAAUGACGUGGCGAUCAAGCAGCAGUCUGUGGAGGGCCUGUGCUUUGAAUGGCCAGCCUUCUUCCGCGAGAUCACAAUCGCAUGCGUGUCACAACAUCCACGCGUCGUCAAGUGCCUGGGCGCAUGCACCGAGAACACAACAAUGCCUUACAUUGUCACUGAGCUGUGCAGUCGUGGCAAUCUCAUGCGAGCACUCGACUCCUAUGUCAAGGAGCGCCACGAGGCUCCGCCAUUGUACCUCAUCCACAACAUGGCGGCAGAGGCAGCACAAGCACUGGAGUUCAUUCACUCCAAGUCAUUGAUACAUCGCGAUGUCAAGUCAGCCAACUUCUUGGUCAAGGAUGACUUUAGCGUCAAGCUCAUUGACUUUGGAACAUCAAAGAUGAUGCAGAAUCAACUCAACAUGACAGUGAUUGGUACACCAAUCUACAUGGCCGAGGAGGUCAUCCGUGGCGAGAAGUAUCAACAAUCAGCAGACGUCUAUUCCUUUGGAAUAGUGUUGUGGGAGUUGUUCACAAGAGAGAAACCUUUCGAUGGAAUGCAUGAGUUUGAAAGAGUAACUUAUGUGUUGAAGGGCGGUCGCCCAGCCAUCCCAGACACUGUGCCACCUAUAAUAUCUGAACUGAUCCAAAGAUGCUGGCAUGCGAACCCAACAAUGCGACCAAACUUUAAGAGCGUGCUGAAGACUCUGUACGUGAUGUCGCAUCCGGCUCCACUCGAAUCAGUGCUGACUGUUGUGCCGAUGGUUGAUGUCAACGUGAGGAUGUGCUCGCAGACUCUAAAGAUGAUGUUCAUACUGAUGGACUUCCCAACAUUGAUGCGAUGCAGUCAGGUCAGUCGCAUGUGGCGACGUGCAGUCUUCCUCGCAGUGUCGGACCCAGAUACCAAACAACCGCUGACACACUUUGACAACAACUAUUGGACGCCAAUGAUCAAUCACAGCAUUGGGGACUUGAAGCGACUAAUGCAUUCAUGA